AUGAAAGAACCAUUGCAUCAAACAUUACAACAUCUUUCUUAUAAACAUGGUCCAAUCUUCUCUCUCCAAUUGGGAACCCGUUUUGUGGUAGUCUUAUCUUCUCCAUCUACUGUUCAAGAAUGUUUCACCAACAAUGAUGUUAUCUUCGCAAACAGGCCUCGCCUUCUUGUGGGCAAGCACCUCAACUACGACUAUACCACAAUAGGUGCAGCACCUUAUGGUCACCUAUGGCGAAACCUUCGACGGUUCACGACUCUUGAGAUCUUCUCAACGACCCGCCUGAACAUGUAUUUGUCAAUCAGGCAAGCAGAAAUCAAACUGUUACUCAAGAGUCUGUACCAAGCCUCGGGCGAAAAUUGUGUUAAAGUGGAGAUGAAGUCAAGGCUAUCAGAGCUUGCAUUUAACAUCAUUAUGAGGAUGGUUGCAGGGAAGAGAUAUUUUGGAGUGGAUGUGAAGGAUUAUGAAGAGGCUAGGCUAUUUCGGGAUAUUAUAAGGGAGAUUUUCGAUCUAAGUGGGGCGUCGAAUCCCGGGGACUUCCUUCCAAUUUUGCAGUGGAUAGAUUAUCAGGGGUUGGAGAAGAGGAUGCUGAAAUUGAGGAGAAAAGCUGAUGUGUUCUUACAGGGUUUAAUUGAUGAACACCAGAAUAAACAGGGACUUUCUUACUCACAAGAAGGAAGGACUAAUACAAUGAUCGAUAAUAUGCUGUCUUUACAAGACUCGGAACCUGAAUUCUACUCUGACGAUAUCAUCAAAGGCAUCAUAUUGAUACUGCUAACUGCGGGCACAGACACUUCGGCAGUGACAAUAGAAUGGGCUAUGUCGCUUCUACUCAACCAUCCUGAUGUGUUGAAGAAGGCUCGAUUCGAGCUCGACAACUAUGCAAGCCAAGAUCGUUUAAUAGACGAGCCAGAUCUUUCAAAGCUUCCCUAUCUCCAAAGCAUUGUCAAUGAGACACUUAGAAUGUUUCCACCAGUACCACUCCUAUCACCACAUGAGUCCUCAGCUGACUCCACCAUUGGAGGGUAUUUCAUUCCACGUAACACCAUGCUGCUGGUGAAUGCAUGGGCCAUUCACAAGGACCCUCAGGUAUGGGGUGAUCCUCAAAAUUUCCGGCCAGAGAGGUUCGAAGAUGAAGACGGGGAAGGUGAGGCACACAUGCUGAUACCAUUUGGGUUGGGGCGUAGAAGUUGCCCCGGGGCUGGCCUAGCCAAUCGAGUGGUGGGAUUGGCUUUGGGGGCAUUGAUUCAGUGCUUUGAGUGGGAGAGAGUGAGUGAAGAGUUGGAGGACAUGUCUGAAGGGACAGGACUCAUAAUGCCUAAAGCUAAGCCAUUAGAGACGAUGUGCAGAGCACGUGAAAGGAUGAUUAGUGUCCUCGCAGGGCUAUGA